GGUCGCCCGGAGGCUAUGGCGGCGGCUGCCGGCGGCGGCGGAGGCGGCGGCGGCGGCGGCGGAGGAACGCCGAGCUCGGUGGCUGUUGCUGCUGCCGCCGCCGCCGCUACGGCUGCUAAUGCGGGGGGCUGGCGGCUUCCCGGGCGGGUGCUCGAGUUCGUCUUCUCCUACCUGGAGCUGCGGGAGCUUCGGAGCUGCGCGCUGGUGUGCAAGCUGUGGUGCCGCGUCCUGCACGGCGACGAGAACAGCGAGGUGUGGCGGAGCCUGGCCGCUCGCAGCCUGGCGGAGGAGGCGCUGCGCACCGACAUCCUCUGCAACGUGCCCACCUACAAGGGCAAGGUACGCGCCUUUCAGCAUGCUUUCAGCACCAAUGAUUGUUCUAGGAAUGUCUACAUUAAGAAGAAUGGAUUUACUUUGCAUCGGAAUCCCAUUGCACAGAGUACAGAUGGAGCAAGGACCAAGAUUGGUUUCAGUGAAGGCCGUCAUGCUUGGGAAGUCUGGUGGGAAGGCCCUCUUGGCACAGUGGCAGUAAUUGGGAUCGCUACAAAACGAGCUCCCAUGCAGUGUCAGGGCUAUGUGGCACUCCUGGGCAGUGAUGACCAGAGCUGGGGCUGGAAUUUGGUGGACAAUAACUUGUUACAUAAUGGAGAGGUCAAUGGCAGCUUCCCCCAGUGCAACAAUGCCCCCAAAUAUCAAAUAGGUGAGAGAAUUCGUGUCAUCCUGGACAUGGAAGACAAGACUUUGGCUUUUGAGCGAGGCUAUGAGUUUCUAGGAGUUGCAUUCCGAGGACUGCCAAAGACAUGUCUGUAUCCAGCAGUGUCUGCUGUCUAUGGAAACACUGAAGUGACGUUAGUUUAUCUGGGAAAACCUUUAGAUGGAUGACAUUUUGUUUUUAACUGGGACGUGAACAUCAAGUUGACAAUAUGGAGAAACUUGCAUGUGGGUUAAUAGGGAAGCAUGAGUGAAGUGUGUGGAUACGUAUCCAAGAAACAUCAAGGAAAACCAAAAUUUGCGAUCCAAAAGGCCAGCUGUACGGAAGAGAGUUUUACCUUUCCUUUUUCUGCCGGACCAGAAAAAUUCUCAGGGGGUUGCAGUUGGUUGAAUGGGCAGCUAACCACAUGCAUGUUGCAUAAGAUUUCACUGCAAAGGUGGCAGAAUGGAAUCGUGUACAUACCAUACUUAAGGGACUCCUGUAUAGAAGUGGUUGAGGAAAGCUGACUGAGACCUGUAAGCAGUGUGUUCUGUGAAAGACUUCAUUUUUAAAAUUAUUUGUUUCCUUCCUGCCUUUGAUCCAGUGUGUUUUACCAAAGGUAACUGAAAUUGGUUGGAUUUUAUUUAAUGUAUUUUUAGUGUAAUGAGGAGUACAAUGUAUUGCACUUCUCCAGAGCAAAACAUUGUGCAGUUAUGUUAAAGUGUGUUUUAAAGACAGUUUGUACAGAACACUUUAAAAACCAGAACAAAACAAAGGGUUGCUGUUGCUUUCCCUGGGAUGUAAUUUUGUUAAUUGGAAACCUCCCCCCCCCACACAUAUCAGGUGUUGGUAUAUGUCCAGUUGAACAGCAUACAUACAAGUGCACUUCUUUUGUUUUGUUGUACAACAUCUCAUGUGACAAAAGAAACUAUGAAUGUUUAUUGUAAAAUGCUUUAGAUUUGAUAGCUGAAAAUUCCGUGCAGGUGGAAGGGUUAGGGUUAGAUAAAGUCAGUUUCUAAUGUGAGUGUUUUUGUUUUACUUAAAAUGUGAGUGUGUGUUGCAAAUGACCAUAUGUCUUUCAAUCCACCUUCUAAAGUAAGACUUAAAAUUAAUCUUGCAAACUAUGAGCCGUCCACCAAAUACUGCUGCUCUUUACCCAUUUUAAUCAGAAUUGUAUUGUGGUUGUGGGGUGGCCAUGCUUGGUGGGUUGUUCCCAUUAUGGUCUGCAGUACCCCAACCCCUCAUUUUGGUCUAUUGCCAAAUGUAUUGCUCUCUUCCCAGUAUAGAUAUUAGAUUGCUAGUAUUGCAUAUUUAACUAAAUAUUUUGAAAAAUAGGUUCCAAAGUACUACCUAAAUACAUACCAUGUUAAAAUUGCAUAGAAAAAUAUUUUAACAUAUUUCAAUCUUUAGCAUAAAUAAAUUGAACUUCAAACAGGAAUCAAAUUUCUGGCACAAUUAUGGAGUCUGUCCUUUGGUUAUAUUAAUUGCUGAGAAACGUUUUACAAAGCUAAUUUGUUGUGCAUAAAGAAAGCACCUUCCGAUGAUGGAGCAACUGCAUUUCCCCAUUCUUUGGCAUCCAUAUCCUGCACAGCUUGUAUGUCUUAAUCGUCUAAGUCCACAGGCUGGUUCUUGGUACUAAAGUGCUAUUUUGUUCUGCCUUAGACAUCUAUUUAUUUGGUGUAGUGUGAGAAAACACUUUCCGCGCAGUCCUGGGCAUUUUUUCUUCUUCUCAGAAGCAAACCCCACUAUGUUCAGUGGGAUGUACUCCUAGGUAAGUAUGUGUAGGAUUGUGGCCUUUGGGAGGAAAUGAGGUAUUGUUUACAUUCUUUACAUCAUAAUCAGAAUUAUGCUGUCUCACAGACAUAUAGUUCCUUAGAUGUGCAAAAGAGAACAAUUCCCUUAGGCAUUCUUAUUUUUGUUAAAGCCAGGGAAAGCUGCUAAACACUACGUUUUUAUUUUUUUUAAUAGGCUGAAGAGUACAUUCUUGCUGCAUGCAAGGUUUAAAGUGGCAAUCCAGUAUCUUUGGUAGUGCCAUCGGUCCUCAAUACUUAAAAAUUGGUCAUGCUAUGACCUUUCCAGCAACCUAGCCUUCUUGCUGUAGGCUUAGCCAUCAUGUUACCUGUCCUACCAUCUUGACAUACUAAUGCAUCUUGUUUUACUAUUGUUUCCAAACCCCUCUGCUCCCUUGUAGAAGUUGCAGAAGGAAGUUAUGGUUGAUUAAUGGUUUGGGACUGCUAGUAUUCUUUGGUUGGUGGCACAGGACUGUAGUGAAUAGCAUCACACUAGGCAGAAAGAGGCUCUUUUAUGAGGCUGCUGAAAGUGUGAGGGAUAAAAUGUGGAUUCAAAAAAGAGGGCAGUGACUGUACUGGAGGAGUCUAUGUUGCAUGUUCUCAGCUGUUCAGGCUUUCCUAGAUCUUCAAUUCACGUUCCUUCCAUGUUCAGAUUCCGCAGAACUGCAUUUGAGGUCUGCAUGUGUGAAUAAAUGUUUUCAAAAUAUUUGUUCUAUGUGUAGUAUGCCGCUUAACAAGUUCAUUCCUGGUCUCUUUCUAAAAUUAAGCAAGUGAAUCAUUUCAACACUGGUACUAUGAAGAAAUGAAUGAUUUUGGAAAGAUGUAUCACUUCCAGAAAACGUUGACUGUAUACUAUGCUAUAAAAUAUAUCACUACAAGAUUCUAUGGCAUGAGCUAAACUAAAAGGAAAGAAGCUUUUGUUAGAGUAAUAGAGUCUCCCCGUGCAGUCUCGGAUGGAUUACCCUCUGCGCUUAUUUAUGGACUUUUGAGUAGAGAGAGCUGGUCCUAAGAACUGUGUCAGGGAAAUUUUUGCUAGGUUUUACUUCCAUUUAUACAGGAUGUCUUGCUCGCUUUACCCUUACAUGUGGCAUAGCAUUCUGCUUGUGCCAAGUGGUCAAAAAUUCCUUGGGGCACAGGGGACAAAUAUGUAUAUAAACCUCUUAUAACUUAUUACCUGAAGACCAAUUCCAAGCUGUACAAACAACUGAAAUAAAUUGUUAAAACAUAAA